CAAGGAGGUACUUAAGAUGGCAGCUUCAGGAGCAAUCCUUCUUAUUUUCAUCACAGUCCUCGUGUCCGUGACGAGAUGCGAAGGCAGUUAUAGACUAGGAAAAGGCAGCUCUCCUCUGCUGUUUACACACCACUUCUAUAACGCUGCCAUCAAUGAGAACUCUGCCCCGCGGAUGUACAUUGAGACACAUGUGAAGAUGGGCAUUGAAGUGACAGAUCCAAGCUGGGACAUCAAAUAUAACAUCAUCUCAGGUGACGAUGACAGCUUUUUCCAAGCAGAAGCGGUCAAAGUUGGGGAUUUCUGCUUUCUCAGGAUCAAAACGCGCAGCAGUAACUCGGCUCUCCUCAACAGGGAGGUCAGGGACUCUUACACUCUCACUGUGGAAGCAAAGGAAAGCACUUCUGGCUUCCAGGCAAUGACGAAGGUCUUUGUCCAGGUGCUCGAUACCAACGACUUAAAGCCUCUUUUCUACCCGGCAUCAUACAACGUGGCCAUCAGGGAGGAUGCUCCACUAAAGUCAAGUGUCACCAAAGUUAGCGCUACAGAUGCCGACAUUGGGAGCAACGCCGAGUUUUAUUACUCUUUCACCAGCAGAGCUCAUCCGUUUGUCGUUGACCCUUUCACGGGCACAGUCAGCCUCAUCAAGAGGCUCAAUCACACUCGCACACAGCAGUACGACCUCACUGUGUUAGCAGAGGACAGGACAAAAAAGAUAUCAGGUGUUCAGAAGUUUGGGAAUGUUGCCAGGGUCACAGUAAACAUACAGAAGAUGCCUAUGGCAUCUCCAGUUAUCACACCACCCCCUGAAGCUACAGUGUCUGCAGAUGGAAAAAUAAAUAUUAAUGUCCAUGUGGAGGAAGGCGUUAAGCCAGUGGAAGCCCUUAAUAUUGUUGGAGGGGAUCCCCACAAGUGGUUUGAGGUAAUCCCCUCCGGUGUGCAGGGCAGUGACUUCCAAGUGAUCUCUACAAAGAGGAUUAUCUGGUCUCAAACUCCUUUUGGGUUGAAUCUUUCCCUGCAAGCUAAAGACAGGAGCUUGCCAAGUUUGCUCUCUCCAGUCACACUGGCAUUUUUGGAGGACACCUACAUUGUGACUCUGAGUGAGUUUUCACCCCCUAAGACUCACGUACUUAAGCUUUCUGUCAACUCAGGGCCCUUUAACGUUACCUUUAGCAUCAAGAACAAUCCAGACAGUUCUAGCUUUAAGAUAAAUCCUAAAACUGGGAUUAUAGUAACAACUGUGAAAUUUGACUAUGAGAGGAAAGAUCGAUAUGAGUUUGAUGUAAUGGCCAAUCACGGUGAAGCUGAGACUCACGUCGUGGUGGAGAUAAUGGAUGAAAAUGAUAACAGCCCACAGUUUACACAGACGUCCUAUCAGGCCACACUGGAUGAAAACACGCCUGUUGGCAGCAGCGUGUUGAAAGUAGCAGCUUCAGACAAAGAUAAAGGCAAAAAUGGCUUUGUGACUUACGCUAUUGCAAAUUCAGGCCCUCUGCCUUUUACAAUAGAUCCGUUCACUGGCAUCAUCUCCACCUCCGAACAUUUGGACUAUGAGCUGAUGAAACGGCGGUAUCACCUGAGAGUGUGGGCAUCUGACAGCGGCAGCCCCUUCAGUCAGGUCAGUGAAAGCCCCGUGACGAUAACUCUGAACAACAUCAACGAUAACAUCCCUCUGUUUGAGCAGGUGGGCUGCAACGUUACUGUACCUUUGGAUCUGCCUGUAGGACACACAGUUGCGGCACUGUCAGCUAUUGAUUUAGAUGAGCUGCAGCAGCUGAGGUAUGUCAUCGAGUCAGGGAAUGAGCUCCAAGUGUUCGGGAUCGACUCUGUGUCCGGAGCUAUCACUCUUAAACAACCUAUCCCCCUGCUGGCAGGUUCGUUCACUCUGAGAGUCGCAGCCACUGAUGGAAAGCAUCACUCGGAGGCGUCAGUUGUCAGGAUAACCGUUACCAACCGAGGUGAUGAUGCAACGCUGCACUGCCAGGAAACGGGCAUUGCCAAACAGAUCACGGACAAACUGAUAGAGUCAAUCAAACCCAUUUUAAUCAAUCAGGAGGAAGAUACAUUCUCAGAUAUGUACAUCACCAACCGACAUUCUCCAAAGUUUGACACAAGCAUUCCUAGUUCGAUCGAUCUCGCUGAGAACCAUCCCUUAAAUUCCACCAUUGUUCAGUUCAAAGCAACGGACAGUGACUCUGGGUUCAACAGUAAGCUUGUGUACGCCAUAUCGAGUGGAAAUGAAGAUGGCUGUUUCUCCAUUGACACAUUCUCUGGUGACCUUCAGUUAAUUUGCCCACUGGACAGAGAGAGUAAGGAGUUCUAUAUUUUGAACAUCACUGUUUACGACUUGGGGACACCACAAACUUCUGCUUGGAAAUUCAUUGCCGUCAAUGUCAUGGACGUCAAUGACAACCCACCUGUUUUCGAUCAGCCCAGGUAUGUGAUCCACGUGCCUGAAAACCAAGAGGUGGACUCGGUUAUUUUUACAGCUCGCGCAGUAGACCUGGACUCAGAUACAAGCGGUGCAGUCCAGUACUCCCUCCUGACGUCUACUGACAUGUUCACGAUUGAU